AUGACAUCGACACUCCACGACUUGAAGCCUGAGCGCGCGCUGCAGGUCCUCCUGCGACGCCCAGGACCGCCCUGGCCGUACUCGAAGCGGGACGACGUUCUUGCGCUAUUGGACCUCAUCGCUGGUUCCUUCGAAAAGACCACCGCUCUCAAAAACAGGCUCCAUGCACUGAGGCAGCAUGUCGAGGAGGAUUGGACGUUGCUCACCCCUCGGCAGUGGGAGCAUGUUCGGACUCGUUGCGAGGAAGGCCUGCGCGAGUUGGGGGACGGAACCGCCCGUACCGCCGUCCUGAACGUGUUCAGGAGCUUUGAUGCCCUCGGUUUGGACCAAGUUGCGCCGGUUCCGAAGGGUAAGUUCGCGGUGAAGUACAUCGAGCCGGACGCACGAGCCGAGCGGUAUAACGCGGCAAUGAUGCGCGAGACGGAGAACCUGCGCGUGCGGUACCACAACGCAGGACAUCCCGGUCCCCACUGGUUUCUCCCCAACGCACAGGCAGACAGGCUCAAGGCCGAGCGCAUCCACUUCCUGUCUCACGCCGCGCAAGAUGUCCUGCUCGAGCAUAUCACGUACCUCGCCAACCUCGAGCCUUUGCCUCCGGUAGACAAGCUCCCUAGCGUUACCCAGCUCCUCGUCAACGCGGAACUCGGCGCGCGAUACCUCGAGUUCAGGACAACCAUCACCGAGUCUCCCCUGCCGCCUACCGUCAAGACGAACUACCUCCGCCAGCUCGACUUCCCGUUCGUCGCGCGUCUCCCGCUUCAGCUCACAGACGAGCUCAUCAAGGACAUUCGCGAGGGCACGAUCCACGAGUCCGAAGAGCUCAUGGUCACCGCCGCGGCGAGGGUCUACGAGCGGCACGUCGACGCAAUCGGAGUGGAAGGGUCAGGGGACAAGGAGUGGGAGACGCUGCGAGCGGCAGAGAACAAACUGUGGGCCGGACGCGCACACUCGAUCGAGCUGACCACCUUCUCGCUCUCCCACCCGUACUCUCGCAUCUCGCACCGCAUGGCGCGCCGUAUCGGCACGUCGAAGGAGACUUGGGAGGCGGAGAGGGCGUCGAGGGCUUUCUGA